AUGGCGGGAGUGGAUUUGCGGCACAUACUCUUGGAUUUGCUGCCAUCGUCUGAUAUGACGAAGCGAUGUCGAGAGCUAGGUAUCCAACAUCAUCUGGAGAAGAUUAUUCCUGACCUUUGGGCCAUCAAUGCAGUCAUUCGGGACGCGACGAUACGGGCGAGGACGCAGCCGAACGUGGACAUGUGGAUGGCGGAUGCGGGUGCAGCCAUUGCGGACGUCCAAAACCUGCUCGACCGGAUCUUGGAGUGGCCGGGGAGGGCAGCGGCACCGUCGAAUCCCUUGUUGCGCUCCUUCCGAGUGGCUUUUCGUCUUUCUAUUCUGCACGAGCUCAAGGAGAUGGGGCUCAGGUUGAAGGAGCUCGUCCUUUGGGGGUCUGCCUUGGACCUCCGGAAGGAGAUGAUGGAUGCCAUGGAUCCAUGCGAUGAAGAGUACUUGUAUGUCCUAGGAGAGGAAGUGGAGGGAAGAGAUGAGGACAGAGAUAAUAUUAUAGAGAUCCUUCAGCAGAAUCAAUCAUCCAGCAACAACGGUGAGCCCUUCGUCAUAGAAAUCCAUGAUGAAUGGUCGGUUCGAUCAUUGUCAUCCACGGGGAAGACAACCCUGGCUCGGAUGAUUUACCACCACCCCUGGGUGCGCCAACAUUUCCAUCAUCGAAUCUGGGUGGACGUUUCCUUCGACUUAUCUUGGGAUCAACUAAGCAUCGGGAGAGAAUUUGCAAGAUGUAUCACGGGAGAAUCGUGCGACCAUCUGCAAUCACACCAAGCUAUCUGGCUACUUGUGAAUGAACGGCUCGGCCAAAGAAGAUACUUGCUCAUCUUGAAUGACAUAUUAUACUAUGAUGAUAGGGAAGAGGGGUUGAAAGACAAGUGGGAUCAACUAAAGCACAACCUAUUGCAUGUGGGUGGAAUCGGAAGUACAGUGAUCAUCACCACCAACCAUAUGCAGCCUAUACAUAUAUUUGGGUCUAGAGAAUACUUGUUGCAUGGCCUAUCAGAGGAUUCUUGGAUAAAAUUGGUCAUGCGAGACACAUUCAUUGGAUCAGCGCAGGACAAAGAGAACACUUGUACCAUAAAUUUUCUACUUCAAUUUGCGGAGCAACAAUACCAAACACUUAAGGGUGAAACAAUUAGUGGCAAAAAACUUGAUGGCUCUCCCUUGCUGGCAAAGACGUUGGGCUCAAUAUUCAGGUACACUGAGGUAAGUCGAUGGCAAGAAGUAGCAUAUGAUUUGUCUUCUUACUCAGAUGUUUGGCGUCCUUACUCAAAUGUUAGACACCAUCAGCAUUUUAAAUUAAUGAGCCUCCAAAAUCUUUCAACUAAACUUGCACGAUUACGACUCUAUGGCUCACUGUGCAAUUUAGAUCGGUCUAAUUAUUCAAUGGAAGACUACAUGCAUAUGAUGAUCGCUGAAGACCUUAUGCCACAACAAUCAUUUGAUGCUGAGAAGAUGUAUCGAUUGAUCCGUGAAAUUGAGUUAGAAUUUUCAACGUUGGAUUCAGAUUACUAUAUGAGGACAAGGAUUGGUCAAGAUUCAAUAAGAAUCCCGAAACAAUGUUGCCAUCUAUGCCUUGUUGAUUAUGAUUCUAAUUUUGAUUUUGAUUCUGAUGAUGCAUCCACGUUUCCAACCGCCUUAUCAGCAGGGGUCAUAAAGAGGCUCAGAACUUUGAUUUUACAAACGGCCGAAGAGUUUCUUAAAGAAGGUGAAAAGUGUCAAAUCACAGAGAUCCCAUCAGCCAUGUUUACAAAUCUGAUACAUUUACGGAUAUUACAUUUAUCACAUUGCAGGAUCCAACGAUUACCUAAUACAAUUGCUAAGUUGAUUAGCCUGAGAUACCUCGACCUUUCCUACACUGAGAUUCAAGCACUUCCUAAAUACAUCUUCAACCUUCAAAAUUUGAAGAUCUUAAAGUUGACUCAUUGUGAAAAAUUUCAGAAAUUAUCCAAAUCGAUCCACAAACUCAAGAAUUUAUUGAUUUUAAAACUAGCUUACUGUCAAAAGCUUCAGAUGCUUCCCGAGUCGAUCAUCACCCUUACAAAUUUACAAGAGUUAGACGUCGAAGGUUGUCAAUGGUUGGUGAAAUUACCUGAAGGUUUGGAUAGCAUGAAAAAAUUGACAAUACUAAAUGUGGAAAAAUGUGUGUCCUUGACUCGAUUGCCCCAUGGAAUAGGGCAAUUGACUAACCUCCAAAAGUUAUUAAUGCAUGCUAUAACUGAUAGUCUCACAAGUAUCAUCCUAGAAUUACAGAGUUUAACAAAUCUUAAAGAACUUCGUCUAAAAAAACUUGAUGGACUAUCAAGCGCGGAAGAUGCUCGAGCCUUGAAGCUCAAGGAUAAAAUAUUCCUCAAGUGUUUGGCACUAUGUUGGGAGUGGUGUGAUAUGGAAGUUGCAUUAGUUUCUGAUGCAACAUUAUUACAUGAGCAGGUAUUGGAAGACCUUCAGCCUAACCUAGCUUUAGAGAAAUUAGAAAUUAUUUCUUAUAUGGGGAAGAAACUCCCGAGCUGGAUGGCGUGCAAAGAGGGAAAUCUAAGGCAUUUAAGAGAGAUCAAGCUCGUCAAUCUCAGGAAAUGUGAAAGGCUACCACCGCUUGGACAACUAUCAUACCUUAAGACUGUUGAGAUAAGUGGCAUGGAUUCAAUUAGUGCAGUGGAUGAUGCAUUUUACGGUGAUGGUAAUGGUGACACAUUUCCUAGAUUGGAAACACUCAUUUUCUCAGAAAUGCCUCUGCUGGAGAGAUGGCCCAAGGCAAAAGGUGAAGGUGACGUGUUCCCGGUACUUAGAACGUUGAUACUAAUCCAGUGUCCAAAAUUCAAGGAAUUGCAUGUGCGACCAUCAACAACAAGGGAAUUCCUUAUACUUGAACUAUGGUUGAAUAAUGACAAGUUGCUGACCUCUGAAUUUGUAGGUUGGCAGAACCUUAAAGAUGUCAGAGUGUUGGAGAUAACGGGGUGUGAAGAGCUGAGGUGCUUACCACAGGGUAUCAAGUAUCUCAAGAACCUUUCCGAUUUGUAUAUUAUCCGAUGCAACAAUUUGAUCUCUUUUCCGGAUUGGUUGGCAGAACUCCCGAGUCUUGAUCCGUGGGAAGAACACAGAAUUCCUUUCGACCUGAUUGUACGAGAUUGCGCCAUGCUGUCAUUCAUUCCCGAGAGGCUCAAACCAUCGCCCCAUUUUCGCAUGAAUAUCAAAGGCUGUCCAAAGUUGGGGGUCUAACCGGCAAAGCAUAUUGUCCAUCCGUCUUCUUCAUCGAUUUGCAAGUGUGUGUGUGUGUGUGUUGACCCAAGUGAAGUCAUCCAUCCAUGGGAGGCAAUCCUUCUUAAUCUAAUAAUGUAUGCCCUCCAACUCUCUCUCUCUCUCUCUCUCUCUCUGGUAUAAUAACCUUUGGUCGAUGCUAGAGUGAUAUUUGUGCUUCAGGUAUAGGUCGAGUAGUGCUUUUGA